UCCUUUUCCUUUGCCGUUCCCGUGUCUACCCUGAGGUAUAAUGAUUUUAUCAUAAGUGUGGAUUCUUACGUUUCUACUGAUAUCCGCUCCGCUCUAUUUCCUUGCUCCCCACCUGGUCAUCAGAACACUCGAGGACUGGAUGGUCCAUGGCGGGUUUGAGCAGCAUCGAACAACUACCAACUGAAAUCGCGUUUAUCAUUCUAUCCUUCUUGACACAUCCCCGCUCGAGACUACCUGGACUUAGCGAACGGCAAAGCGACCAUGACUAUCCGAUGGAAAAGAAAACAGAGGCUAGAAAAGCCUAUUACAUGAGCCGCCUGGCGCCGCCGGACACUGAUCGGUUCGCAGUGAAUCUGUUUCAAUGGAGGGAUCACCAGCAUCCCUUCAAUGUACUGGCGAUGACCUCACGACGUAUGAGAGAGCAUGUUGAGCGUUUCUGCGCACACCUGGUGAAGAUUCACGGCAAGGCCAACUCACCGGUAACGCAUGCCGAGCACUGCAAGCCAGCGACAGAAAGUCCGGAUCCGAGUGGCAUCGUCUACCGCAAGCUGUGGCUGCAGUAUGCGCCAAGAUUGUGUGUCUAUUGCAAUGUGUUACUUAGCGAGUACCCUCACCGCAGUGUGAUGAGACCAAUCUCUGCUUGUCGAGACUGUUUCUAUGCUCAGGUCUAUUCGAUCAACGAAGUUGCGGAACAGUUCCAUCUUUCCGGCACCGACCUGAGCGCCAACGGAGUCCGCGGCUUCCCUCCUUUCGUCCUGCGUGUGGACGUUGAAGCUCUGGUUUUGAGACUCUAUGGGACGAAGCAAUAUCAUGACAUCCAGGGGCAGAGACGGCUUUGCAACAUCUGCGUCAGAGCUGGGACCAUAGCGAGGACUGUUGCGCUGCGGGCAGCAAGACAAUCCAGAGUCUGGGAUAUCGAGCCCUCGGAAGGGUGGCUCGCAAGAGAGAAGAUACCACGGACUCAGAAUUCACGGCGGGAUUACAACUGGUUUGACUACCUCGAGUACCGGAGAGACCCGUAUUUGUACAAGGAAGAAGACGUGGAGGGGAAUUACUAUUACCUGCGUUUACGCUCGAUAGGGGAGGAACCAGCUCAGUCGCAUUUACCUUUUCGCCAGGGUUGACUCUGCGUUUCCUUCCCAUCUUCAUUCUUGUUCUGUGCUCUUUUCAUAGACAUGCGCUUGCGUGUGUACGUCAGACCGAUGUUUAUGAUCAGAGGAGGAAUAGAGAUGAUAUUGUUGUCUCAAGACUUGGAAGGGGAAAGUUGGAGUAAUCGUUCUGUGGU